AUGGAGUUCUUCUGGCCAGGGGUUAACGCCGACGUAACCAGGUUUUGUCGGUCUUGCGACGUCUGCCAGAGGACGUUCCCGAAAGGACGCGUAUCGAAAGUUCCUCUAGGAACGAUGCCCCUAAUCGACAUACCGUUUCAACGUGUUGCCAUUGACAUCAUAGGGCCUCUUCAACCAGCCACUGAUCGCGGUAAUAGAUACAUCUUAACCAUUGUUGAUUAUGCGACGCGAUAUCCAGAGGCUAUAGCUCUGAGGGGAAUAGAGACUGAGCGAGUGGCUGAAGCGUUGGUUGAUGUGUACAGUAGAGUGGGCAUUCCGCGGGAAGUAUUGACCGACCAGGGUAGCCAAUUCACAUCGGAACUUAUGCGUGAAGUGAGUCGUCUUUUAUCCAUUCGACAGUUAACAACCACUCCGUAUCACCCAAUGUGCAACGGCCUUGUAGAACGUUUCAAUGGUACCCUGAAACAGAUGCUCAAAAGAAUGUGUUCACCUCAAUGCUUUACUAUUUUCCUACCGAGAGGUACCGCAAGAAAGUCUUGGAUUUUCGCCUUUUGA